GUGGUUUUGAUAUCGAAGAGACAGCGUAGUCCCUAGUGUUAAUGGUAGUGGCAUGUCUGGACUGGUCGGGUAGCUACAAUGUCGCAUGUCAUCAGAGUCUGGCUCUGGCCAGUCUGCCACCCCAGAGCACCCCAGUCUCCCACACCAUACGUGCGAGGGGCCGCACAUCCACAGGCACUCGACCAUCAUCCCCAGCCCCGUUCCUUGGCUUCACACGCAUCUGAGCCCUCUCCCGCCUCUCUCGACUAUGUACAACACUGUCGGCAGACGGCAAGGCCGGCGGUCCCGCGUCGCUUCCUUUCCCUCUGCUGUUGUACCACGAGAUCACGGGCCCACGCAGGAUAUAUGGAAACCUGCAGCAAAGAGACGCAGGGAGGGAGUGGCAAAAGGUGGGUCGAUAUGGGGAGGGAGCGUGUCAGCUCACUGGCUCAGCACUGCCUCCACGAAUGCAGCCUUCAGCGAGGGGUUGUCACACAGAAACGUGUGGAAUAUCGGCAGCAGGCGCGUGGCCGACCCAGGCAGCAAAUACUACAUGUACCAUGACAGGCAGUCAAUCAUGUCCAUGAGAGUGUAGUCGAUCGCUUUCUCUGCCUUACUCUGCAGAAUGCGAGUGCUGUUUUGAGCAGCAGUGCGGCGGGAUCGUGCCUGCCGGCGAGGUGACUCUCCACCAUGCUUCUCUUGGCCAGAGCAUCCACCUGAUCCAACAGGCAGGUCACUGUCUCGACCUGCAUUGACACAUCUGCAAGACACUCAUGGCAUAGACAUCUAGCUCAAUAACAACUCAUUGACACUGCACUGCCCUACCAUUCCUGUCAUGGGCUUCACCAGAGAUGGCCGCAAGAGUAGCUGCCACUGUGCCGGCGAGGUGGGGCAUCAAUGCAACGCCACUGAGCGCCACACACGCGUAGCUCGACGCCCAUGUAGACCUGCAACAGUCAGACAGACGCACCAUGAUCGAAUCGAUCGUGCCACCCCACCUGUGGCCUUGUCGCAACACAGCACACCAUGUGUGUGCUCUGCUCACGUGUUGGGGUCGUGUUGGUUCGCCGCCAUCAGCCUCAUGAGCGUGUGGGACUUCUCGCACAGAGACGACAAGCGUGCCCUGACAGCAGGGGGACCAGCAGGCCACUCGCUGAAUCCCUCAGGGUAAGGCUGCUGAUCUCGUGGUUGCGACGAAAGCCGUGGGAAGAGGGUGAGUCCCUCCCACACUAUGGGCGUCAGAGCAGCCGCCAUCUCGGGACUCCUCAGCAGCGUCGUCAGCUGUCGUCGCGUACCUUGCCCGUACACACGAUCCACAGCAGCACUGGUCAGCAGAUCCAGGAGAAACUGAAGACGGAACAGACUACUGACGGUGUGGCUCUCUGCCGCAUGUACGUCAAUGGCCGUCACAGCCUCUCUCAGCAUGUUGCUCAAGGCCCUUGCGGUGGUCUCGCUGUCUUCCAGAAGGGCCGAGAAGAUCGUGGAGAGCAGUGCUCUAUACUCAAGAGUAUCGAGUGUGGGCCUGCAGGCCUUGCGGAAUGCCUCCAGCCAGCCUAAGGCGCUCACGAGAUGAAGCAGAGCUGCCGUGCUGCUGGCUGCUGAGGGACCGGCUGUCGAGAGCACCGAUUUGGCGACGUCGCUGAGGAUGUAGAAUAGAAGGGUUGGCAGGAAUCGCAAGGCUUCGUGCCGCAUCUGUGUAGGUCUUGACACGUGAGCAUCCGACCAAUUCUGCCAAAAGCACGGACGUUUGUGUUGGGAGCUGCAGAUGGACAGGGUGGCUCUGUCUGCUGUCUCACCUUUGCCAGAUUGUCAAGCGCUUCCGCCCACUUUGGGUCCGACAUGGCCGCAGCCGCCAAGAGAGGCGUGAACCGAGGCAGCGCACCAAAGACACAGCUCUUCCGCCAUGUGGCUGAUCACCGACACACACACAGUGUAGAGAGAGAGAGGGUGUGACGCCGUGUCGCUGUUCUUCCGUACCGAUGAUCGGCAGUCUUUUGUCAACGUCUUGGUCAGUCUCAGGGAUGACCUCAGGCGGCAUCAAGAGUCGCCGCAUCGCCCUAAUGCCGACAGACCCGACACAAUCCACCCUGACCCAUCAGACAAUGCACAAAGGUGUUCACACAGACCCUGUAACCCCCAAGCAAAGGAUGUGUCCUCGUUCUAAUUACAGUCACCUUGGAGUUGCCGCGUGUUUGUCCCUAUCAACUUCUACUCCCAGUCUGCUGACCGACACAAAGGCCACCGCCAGCCGCCUCAUUGCCUCCGCACCCAUCGCGGUCUCCUCAACCCGAGCCAUCUCCUCAAUCCAGCGACACGCCGUCGCAACCAUCGCUUCCCGACUCUUGCUGAGGGCAGGUGGACCACCAACGCGGCCAAACGACACCAGGAGGGUGGUUAUCUCAUCGACCGCAGUAUCCUCAGCGGAACCAUCCAUCGUCGGCCGCUGCAGUGCUGCCGCCAGCUCAAAACACAAGUCAGAGCAGGCGCGAGAGGCGGCGUUUCUCUGCUGUGUCUUGUGCCGCGUCUUGUCGUCCAGCUGCUCGAGAAAGGUACAGAGGCCAUCCAGAGGGCUUCGAUGAGAGCGCUGCGGAUCGGCUGACGAGUCACUUUCCUUGCCAUACGACAGCAGCAAUGGCACUGAAGGUUCGCACAUCCAAACAGUGCGGAAGUCCCUCACAACAGCAUGGCCGACCGAGACCGCCAUCCUCCACAUCGCUGCCUCACCCCCCUUAUCAUGACUGGCCUUCACCGCAGCAGCCAUGAUGCUCGUGAUGGCGUCGCAGUGCAUGCCGAAGUGGUCGCUGGACGCCAGGAAGCCCGCAGACGUGCCCAGAGAUAGCAACCGGUGAGUUACGGGCAGCACAAUGGCGGGGAAGUCAAGCGCCGUGUCCACAAUGAGGGACAUGAAUCGCAGCAGGAAGCGAACUGCUGGCGCAUCGUUGCCGAGUGCUGAUUGCGUGGAUUGCGCCGCGGCGAGGUCCACCAGAUGCGGGAGUGCAUGCGUCAGGAAGUCCCGAUAGACCGACGCGGCGCCCUUGCGCGAUGAUCUUGAUGUGCCGUGACGGUCGUUGUCGAUGAUGCACUUGCUUGCGGCGCCAAGCAGUAACGCACAUGAGCCGGGGAAGCAUUCCUCGAGCCAAUGAAGCUCCGGGUUGCCGAGAAGCAGCAGCAGGGGCACAACGGCUGUCUUGUCGACAUCGCUUUGGCCAGUUGCAGGAGGCGUGAGUGGUGCAGGGGAGGCGACCUGGUCCUUGAGAUGGGUCAGGAGUGUCAACGUUGUGUUCAAGUCGCGGCGGGAAACGCUCAGAAGCAACAUCUCUGCCUGCAUCGGCAGCCGUGGCGGCUGUUGGAAUGACGGCGGGGAGUCAUGGGAUGAUGUGUGGGGCGGAGGAGGCUCUCGAUGCAUCUCAUACCGACCUGCACAGGUAGACAGAUAGACAGAUAGACACAGCCACCAUAACACUCAUGGGUCAGUCAGAUGAGUGCGUGUGCUGAUCUCUUGCGCUGUACCACUGCUUCUCUCCAUCGAGAUCUAUGCCAAGGCUCC